GGAAAUUGACAGACACGUGUYGCAGACCGACUUGGAGCCUCAGGUUUAAACGUGGUCAUGUUUCUCCAGUAUUAUCUCAAUGAGCAAGGAGAUCGAGUCUACACACUGAAGAAAUUUGACCCUAUGGGACAACAGACCUGCUCAGCCCAUCCUGCUCGGUUCUCCCCGGACGACAAAUACUCGCGACACCGAAUCACCAUCAAGAAACGGUUCAAGGUGCUCAUGACUCAGCAACCGCGCCCUGUUCUCUGAGGGUCCCUUAAAUUUCAUGUUUCGUCUGUCGCCUGCUUCGAAGAAUCYGWAACCCAACCACCCAUGCCCUUUGGAAUCCAGUUUUCUCCGAUUGCCUUUGAUCAUGCUUGUAUGAGGCCAUCAUGGUGGCAUCCUCUUUAAAGGGAACACGUUUUUCAUAUUUUGAAUUAUUGCCACGUUAUUAAAAAUAAAAUGAUUUGAAAGAG